UGCAGCUGAGCUGAGAACAGUUUGAGCGAUGCAUCCUCAAGGUUACCCGACUGAAGAUGUGCCAUUGCAGGGCAUGAGUUAUGGUGGACUCCCUGGUCAGCCUGGAGUGGUCCAGCACACUGCUGUGAACAUCACCAGAGGGCAACAAGUCAUCACUGAGCCCCCCAAGGACUAUAUCAUCUGGUCGCUCUUUUCCUUUGUCUACUUAAAUCCUUUUUGUUUUGGACUUGCAGCUCUCAUUCAUUCCAUCAAGGCCAGAGACAGGAAGAUGGCUGGAGAUGUGGAUGGUGCACGACAUUAUGGCUCCACUGCUCAAAAUUUCAACAUUGUCGCCACAAUCGUAGCUGUCCCCGUGUUUGUGACAGUUAUAAUUGUGUUCUUUCACAGAUAUUACUUACAUUAGAAGCAUUUUAGAGUUGCCUUCUGCUGUGAUUAGUUCACAUCAGGAAACAUAAAAAAAAACAUUUUCCAAAAGUCUUAAAUGGAAAUCAACUUGAGGGGGUAGGGACAAAUAAGUGUAUACUUCGGCCUACUCCUUUUCAAACAAAAAAAUGGAAUGAUAUUUUGUAAUGAUUGUGAAUGUACAUGUUUGAAAUAAAAAUGA